AUGUCGCCUUUAAUUUUUCAUACGGUUUUAACAGUUUUGUGUUUUACAUCGACUAUCGUGGUUUCGUUUAGUUGCGUUUGUAGUCCGUCUGAAUGUGAGGACAUAUCAAAAGACGAUUGUCCAGGUGGUGGAACCGUUUGGGAUCCGUGCCGGUGCUGUAGAGUUUGCGCAAGAAUCGAAGGUGAAGCAUGUGGGGGACCGCACGGAUUUUAUGGAACGUGCGCCGAUGGUUUGGAUUGCAUAGUUGCUUCCCAUGCUUCUGGAAAACCCGUUUUAGCGGCUAAUUCCGAAGGGAUAUGCACUCACAUUCAAUCUUCAUUUUGGCAAUUAGUUUAA